CCUCAUUUUCGUACGAACAUGGCGUCAAAUUUGAACACACCAGCAGAUUUCCUGACACGGAAAGGACAAGACAUGCAGACAAAUGUCAAAGAUACCAAGGUAGACCUACUGCCUCCCUCUGCGUUUGGGACAGCAGUCGGGAAUAAUGGUGGUUGGAAGGAGCUUGCUGAGGCAACCAAAGAAGUCUUACAACUCAAACUGGAGAACCAGAGGCUCAAGGAAACACCAAGUAUUCCUAUUAUCAUGCCAGCCCCUGUUCAGGACAUUCGAGUAACAGAAGAACAUAAACAUAUCCCCGACACUGAUCGACGAUACAUUGACGAGUUGCUGAUGAAACAGGCUACAGAGAUUGGUGACCUUAAGAAGGACUUGCAGCAGGUCAAGGUCACACAUCGAGAAGAGGUUGCCAAGCUAGAACGGGACUACGCCAUCACAGAGAAAAAGUACAUUCAAGAGGUCGCCUCCUUGGAGACUGAGCUCAAAAGUCAAGAGGACAGAUACAACUCACAGGUUAGCCGUCUAAGUUAUGACUAUGAAGGGGAGAAAGAGGAGUUGAACGGUGUGGUGCUGAAACUUAAGGAGGAACUCAAUAGUCUUGCCAAACGGUCAUCUACUCGAGUGGUUGACCUUGAGUCGCAGCUGAAGGUCAGUGAGGAAAACCUGACUGUCACCAAAGUGACCUUGGAGAAAGAGUUACGGUCGAAAGAGUUUAAUCUGGAGAGUCUACAGAAACAGGUCACUCAGCUGAAAAACUAUAUAGGAGACGCGGAGCGCACACACAAACCCGUGGAGGUCUGGAGGAAGGAGAAUGAUACACUACACAACAAAAUACAGAUUUGUGAAGCGGACCGUGACAAUCUACAGUCUACUGUCCAGCUCCUCAACAUUCGUUUAUCCUCGCUCAAUGAGAUACUGAGUCUGCAGGAAGCGGAACUCUCCCGGACGACAAAGGAGAAGAUUGACAAAGACCAGAAAGAAAAUCUACUUACCAGAUGGCGGGAAAAAGUGUUUGCUCUCCUUGUUCAGCAGAAGUCGUCAGAGAUGAUGAAGAAGAAGAAUGACCACAACUGGAAGGAAAAGGUGUCAGACCUCAAGGACCAGGUGAUGUCCCUGAACAGUCAGAAGGAGGUUCUGGCCCACUCCCUGUCUGACGUCAAGGCACAGUUCGACAUGGAAUCCAACAGCAACAAGAGACUACAGCAAGAGGCAGGGGACACACAGAAGGUGGCGGUCAUGCUUGACCAGCAGAUUUCUCAGGACAGGGAUUCAAUGGACAGUCUGGGCAACUUCGCACAAAGCGCCAUCUCUGCCAUGGAGGCCAAGCUCCAGCCACUGACCGCUGCCCUAGUAACACUCCAAAGAUACGGUCAGCGAAUCAGCUUCGCAAGUGGUCGUGUUGAGAUGUUACAAGGUCUGUAUGCUCACCGGGACGCUCUGCUACAGAGAAAGGCCAAAGAAGUGGAGAAACAGACCGGGGAUAGACAAGGGGAGAUAACUACAGAUGACAGUGUAACUCAAAUACAGGAGGAACUGGAUCGUGUGACAAACGAGCGUGACACAUUGGCCGUUCACCUGCGACAGCACAGUCAAACCUGGGAUGAACGAGUACAAGAGGCCACAGCAACAUAUGAGGAAGAGAUUACCAGCUUGAGAAAGACCAUUGAGGACCUAGAGUACAUAACGCAGGAAAAAUCACAGAGAGCAAUAGAGCUGAGUGAAAAAUGUGACCUUCAGCAGAGAGAGCUGGAGGAGGCGUCAGAGAAGAUCAAGGUCCUAAAGACCACGAUAGCUCAGCAGGACAUCAGGUCUACACAAGUCUUGUCAGAGCAGAAAACAUUAAUGCAGACAGAAACGGCAGAGGAACUGGCUGAGCUGAAUCGUAAACUUGAUGACGCUCGAAGGGAGCACACGAAAGCAGUUGUUGCACUUCGACAGUUAGAACGCCAGUCUAACAGGGAGAAGGAACGAUCAGCAGAGCAUCUGGUAACCGUAGAAACACAUUACACCAAACACAUCACCCAGUUGCAGCAGCAACUACAUGCACUGGAGAAGGACAGGAACCUCAUGAUGGCCACUCUGAGACAGGAAGGACUUAUAGGAAAGGUCAAGGCCACAAGGUCAGAGCCAAUCACCUUUGAGGCUGAGGAGUCUGUACCUCAGAGAAAGGCUGUGAUCUCACCACCCACAUUGGAGGGGGCAGCAGACAAAGGACCAACAGAUGAGCCCCUGGAGUCAGUUAUAGAGGAUCUCAAGUCCCUGACGUCGGCCGUACUCAAGGAGGACGCUUCUGACUCCGACACCGACGAUUGAUCUCAACAAAUGGACCUUAGCAUUAUCUGUAAUACGUACUGCAACAUGGAUUGAAUGUCUGAGUCCGUUCUACUUACUGGAUAGAGGUGCGUUACCUCUAGCAGACAUAACCUCAAUCCUCAUUCCUGACUUGCAGAAUUCACGAAUAAUUGUUCAGUAACCUAAGACUCGGGACAUUUUUCAUUGGGUCACUUAGAUCUAAGUGGUAUUACAGGAUGCACAGACUUCAGUAGCAGGAAAAGACAUGAUAUACCUGUUACAGUGAACCAAUAUCUUCAGUUAGGAGGCUAAGAAAUUCUGAAGACAUUGUGAAGUGAGCUGAAGAUGUAAUACCUGUUAAUAUUGUAGCUGUAGGAUGGGUAACUAUAUAUCCAUUUAUAAUUAGGAGGCUCAAAAUUUUAGUUGAUUUUAGCAGGGUACCUACAUCUUCAGUGAUGAUGCUCAAAAAUUUCUUAAAAACUUUGAAUUAAGCUGAGAAAUUUUUGUAUGCUGCUCCAGGCUGAAAAAUAUCGUAUACUACAUGAUAUAUAUAAGCACAGAUCCUGGGUUGGAAUGAUGUUAUUAGGACCUCUCCAUAUCACCACAGAUGAUAUCCAAGAUGUUCAACCAAAGAUUUUCAUAUAUCUGACAACACAGAUAUCCGUCCAAAUACACAUUUUCAGAUAUCCAACUGUACAUUAUCAUUUUUAUGAUCUUAUAGAAUUAUUUACUUUGUCGGUGUCUUCAAAACGAACUGCUCUGGUCAGUUCUGCCUGUUGGAAGAAAUUGAAAAAAAUUGUUACUGCCAAUCACUUAGGGCACUUAAGUUCAUUAAAAAUCUUACCCAAUUAUCAUGGAAUACAUGAUGAACAGAAUCUAUAAACACUGCCACUAAUAGAAAAUACGCUCUCGCAUGUGUAUGUGUAUGGGGAAAUUAGUUGAAAGGUAAGAUAUGUAAUUAAAUAUUGAGUUAAAUGUUUCAAUACAUUGUAUAAGUACAGUGUAUUUAUAUCAGUAUGGUUAACGAGUACAGGGACUGUAUUCAUGAAACCUUUCCCAUGCUCGAUUACAGAUUCUGCGCUCAAGCCAACUUUCUUGUAACUCACUUAAAUUAUAUCUCACAGUCAAACUAACAUUGAAAGCCUCAUUCAGUUUUUAAUCUAUCCAAUUUUUCCAUAUUUUUGACAAAAUGUGAUUUCAUUUAUUAAUUUAUCACAGGAACAAGAAAUUGGGUUUGAGCAAAGAAUCUGAAUUUGAGCAUGAGAACAGUUUCAUGAAUAUGGGCCCAGGUGUGUUGGAUGUAUGCGGUAUGAACCUUUGUUGCCUUUGCAUUAAAACGUAAGGUAAUUGCGAUUGUGAUAUUGUAUGGAAAUAUUUAUUGUUUGUAUUUAAAUUGAUCAUGAUAUCAUAUAGAAAAAUAAAUUGAUAUUCUU